AUGGCUAUUGGUCAAAAACUCAUAUCGCUCCAAGCCGAUCCCACAUUCGAGGAGAUCGAGGCAGCUGGAGCUGUGGUCGACAAACAUGAUGAGGCGCACACUAUUCUCGAUGAUUUCUUUCUUGUAUCAGGCGAAAUACCCCGGCAGACUGCGUACGAGAACGGGCUGAAAGGAGGGAUGCGCUUCACCCACGAGGACAACGAUUGGUUUUCCGACGAGCUCAUUGCUGACGAACGGUUCUUGAUGUGGAAAGGAAUCGUCAUGUUCACAGGCUGCAGCCAUGCUGGAGUGGUCAACGCGGCCAAGCAUGCAAUUGAAUGCAUGGAUGGUUCUGUUCCUCUUCAUGCGGUUGUGGGAGGCUUCCAUCUGGCGACUAGUGAGGAGCAGCAGAUGGAGAGCACGAUCAAAGACCUGAAGAAGCUUGACCCGGCUGUGCUUCUCCCGGGUCACUGCACGGGUUGGCGGGCCAAAUUCGCCAUCGAGAGGCUUAUGCCUGGGACUCUGGUGCCUUGUACAGUGGGUAUCAAGGUUACAUUCUGA